AUGCACCUACUUCUAAUGCACCUACACUACAAAACAAGCAAACGUAAUGAUGAAUUAAAGGAGGCUCAAACAAUUGAAGUUGCUACUAAGAUUGCUAAUGGUGAACUUGAAAUUGGAAGGGGGCUUAAUCAAAUUGGCACUUUAAAACGAGCUGGAGAUACUCGUUGGGGUUCUCAUUUGGAUUCUAUUUCUAGUUUAUUGAAAAUGUUCAAUGCUACUUGUGUGGUUUUAAGUAACAUUGCAGCAAAUGGAGGAGAUGCAAAUUUUGCUUUGAAUCAGUUGUUAUCCUUUGAGUUUGUUUUCACUUUGCAUCUUAUGAAAGACAUUAUGGAAAUUACUCAUCUUCUUUGUAUAGCAUUGCAACGUAAAUCUCAAGAUAUUUUGAAUGUAAUGCAUCUUGUCUCAAGCACAACAAAACUACGGAAGAAUUUUCGAGAUUCGGGAUGGGAUGAUUUCUUGGUGAAAGUUAAAUUAUUUUGUGAGCAACAUCAAAUUGAUAUCCCGGAUAUGAAUGCUCAAUAUAUUGCAAGACGUGGUAGAUCUCGAAGUCAUCAUGAUGAGAUUAGUGUGGAGCAUUAUUAUCGAGUGGAUAUAUUUCUUGCAACAAUUGAUUAUCAAUUGCAAGAGUUACAUAGCAGGUUUAAUGAUCAUACCGUGGAAUUGUUUGUUUUGAGCACUGCUUUAGAUCCUAGAAAUGGAUUUAGGCUGUUCAAGAUUGAUGAUAUUUGUAAACUUGCAGAGAAGUUCUAUCCGAAUGAUUUUAUGGAGCAAGAACCAGUACGUCUAAGAAUAGAACUUCAACAUUUUGAGCUCGACAUUCCAAAUCAUCCUGAAUUGCAAGAAUUAUCUGGUAUUCAUGAGUUAUGUCAAGGCUUGAUUGAUUAG